GGGCAAAUCUAAAUCAGCCACCAAAGUAAUCUUCUUCUCCACCAAAGUAAUCAGAAUCAUCCAAUUAGGGUUUUUGUUUUUUUGUUUUUGGCGGUCUCAGUGAAGAAGAUGGUGCUGUCGAACAAGAAGCUGAAGCAGAGGAUUCGACAAGAUUUGGUUAAAUCACUAUCUGUCUCUGUAGCCGAAACCAAUCCACAAUCUCAGUCUCUGAAAUUCCUCCUUGAUUCAUCUAGCCACAAACCCAGAUUGUCCAAGAGAGAGAAGAAGAUGGGGUUGUUCCUAAAAAGUUAUAUGUUAGGGGUAUUCCUUAUCAGAGUACAGAAGAUGAGAUUCGUAGCUACUUCAGAAGCUGUGGAGUCAUCACUAAAGUUGACUGCAAGAUGCGUCCUGAGGAUGGUGCUUUCAGUGGUAUUGCCUUCAUCACUUUUGAAGUAAGUUUAACAUUGUUGUGUUUCUCCUCUUGGGACACUUCUAUGUUGUAGCUUUUUGUUUUUGUAAGAACAUAGGUCUUUCUUGAUUUGGGUUUAGACGUUAGAGUUAGUUUGGUGUUUGUGUUUUAGCUUCAUCGACCAAGCUAUUCAAUCUGGUGGUGGUGUUUUGGUUCAUUGCUUCAUGGGAAUGUCUAGGAGGUUUUCAUUCUUAAUCUCAUACAUUCAGUUAUUAUAUUUAGUGUUUAGGUUAGGAGUCACUGUGAAUCAUAUCAUUGCUUUGUAACCAUAGGAAUCUACAGACUCAGAUUUGGCAGAAGUAUAUAUGAAUCUUGUAGUUUGCUUUGAUACAUUUAUAGCUUGCUGAUUCUGGUAUCAUUGGGGACUGUGGUAUGCAUGACUUCUUCUUUUUCCUAUUGUGUGUAUACAGAGAAUCUUUAUCUUUCCUUUUGCUUGGAAACCUUUUGAAAUUUUGGUGACUGAUUCCUAGACUCUUUUAUGUCCAAAACUUUCUGCACUACAUAGUGCGCUCAUCAGGCUUUCCAUGCUCCAGCACAUGCUGUCCACAAAACGUGUAUCUGUUUUAAGCAAAGUAUAAAAUCAGUUUGGUUUG